GAAUGCUAAAAAUUAAAUUAAUUAUAAUUUCAAUAAUAAUAAUAUGUUUUUUUCGGUCACCUAUAGAAGUAGAAACCGCAAAAAUUUUGGCCAUUUCAGGACUACCACAACCAAAUAAAUAUGCUGCCAUAAUUUCCAUACUAAAUGGUCUCAAUGAAAAAGGCCAUCAAAUAACAUUAGUUAUAAGAAAUACUAAACACGCUCAACUACAUGAAAAUAUACGUCAAAUAUUGAUACGAGAAAAUGAAGAAAUCUAUAAAGAAUUUCUAGCUUUUUCCACGAGUAUUUUGGAUAAAAGUUUCUUUAAAAAUCUACAAAGCUUAUUUAGAAAAGGUAUUUUCAUAACUGCGGAUAUCAUUAAUAAUCCCAGUGUUAAGGAGAUUAUGCAACAUGAACAAUUUGAUUUGAUAAUAUUUGAAACAUUUAUGGUCGAGGCCCUUUAUGGUUUGGGAGAAUACUUCAAUGCUCCCAUGGUGGGUAUGUCAAGUUUUGGUACUACUACCGCCUUAGACGCUUUAGUGGGCAAUAUAUCACCCAUAUCUUUUAUACCCACACUAUUCAUACAGCAUUUAUUUGAUGUGACUUUUUGGCAUCGCUGUUUAAAUGUGGCUUUAAAUGUGGUUGAUAGAAUGAUCUUUGAUAUAUUAUAUCUACCACAUCAGCGUAGACUCUAUGAAGAACACUUUCCUAAUGCUACUCUAACAUUUGAACAGGUAAAUCGUAAUUUUUCUUUGGUGUUAGUAAAUCAACAUUUUUCUUUAAAUUUUCCUCGGCCUUAUGUCCCCAAUAUGAUAGAAAUGGCUGGUGUACAUAUAGACAGUAAAUUAGAACUAUUGCCUUUAAAUGUUCAAUACUUCUUAGAUAACUCUCCUCAGGGUGUCAUCUAUUUUUAUUGGGGAGAGCAAACCUUUAAUGUGGAUCUCAAUAUCUCUGCCCUACUACUCAACCUUUUUAAAAAUCUAAAUUUUAAAGUUAUCUUUAACAUAGACAAUAAGCCACCUCAAGAGAAACAACAAUAUAAACAUAUUCUUCAGAUUUCAAAUACCUCUCAUCAUUCCAUAUUGGCACAUCCUAAUGUGAAAUUAUCUAUAAUAACUGGUGAUUUAUUAAAUGUAAUAGAUACGGUUUAUUUUGCAAAACCAGUUUUGGGCAUACCCACCAUUGCCCAUCAGCAUUUUAACAUUAAUAUGGCCAUAAAAAUGGGUUAUGGUUUGGGUCUAAAACUACAACAACUCAAUGAAACAAUGCUGAAAAAUACUAUUUUAGAACUUUUAAAUAAUCCUCUUUAUACUCAAAAAGUCAAGGAAUUAUCAAGAGUUUUUCGUGAUCAACCCAUGACACCUAAAGAGACGGUCUUGUUUUGGAUUGAAUAUGUGUUGAGACAUGACGGUGCCCUGCAUUUGCGGAAUAAAGGACGAUUUUUGAAUUUUUGGCAAUUUUAUAAUGUGGAUGUUAUAUUAGCCUUUACGGGAGCAUUUGGUUUAAUUGUAUUUUGCAUUUGGAUAUUAAUGAAAUGUAUGUAUUUUCUAUGGUGUAGAAGUAAGAUAAAUUUACAAAUAAAAGUUAAAAGUAAUUGAAA